AAAACAAAGCAUCUGAAUAUUAUUAUUAGACGGAUUUUAAUUUUUGAUCUUUAGCAGAACGUAACUUUUAAGUCAUUCCGAUUGAAAUGUUUGUUGAGCGGUCCCCAAUUUCCGGCACCUCUUCGUGCACAAGUCCUUACGACCACAACCAACAGAGAGAGAAGGUGAUGAGCUACGAAGCUGCAUCCUGUCACAACUCCAAGAACUCUCCUAGGACAAUCCCGAUACAGAGUCCCACCAUAUCUAACUCAGAGAGGACGGUUUACAGGGGGAGUAGGAAGAUAGAGAAAGGAGAGCGGGAAAGAAAAAGGGUCGCUGAUAUCAGGAAGAAUGUGGAUAUGCUUAGGGAGAGGAUACAGGAUGGAAAACAUCCAGAAUUCAUGAAAGGCAGCUCCAAGAAACCAACAAGGUUGCAGACCCUGAAAACAGCUAUCUGCUAUAUCUGUUCACUCUCUAAAGAACUUCAGGGAGACAGAUGGGAGUGCAGAUGUGUGCAGAUGGGAAUGGAACACAGACAGAUCACAGGAAGACCCGGUAGACAAGUUCUACCCCCUCCAAACCGUGCCAGCAGGACAACUCUACACAGCUACGAGAACCCCCACCACACCCACCACGUUACCAGUCACGUGACCAGUCUCAACCGGGGCUUCCCUCCCUCUCUAUCAUACGGACACUUUAAGUGAGGCAACAGAAUUUCGAUAAUUUUCGAUUAUGAGAACUAUGUGUUUUGGCCUCUGUAUUUGAUUCUGAGACAGGUUUCUGAGAUGAUUGCAUUGAUAAAUUAUAUCUGAAAUGUCGGUAAACUCCUGCUAAAA